AUGUGCUUGACGAUGCCGACGUAUGGAGUUUAUUUCAUUAGACGUGGUGAGGCAGGCGGCGCGAUGGCCUGCGCCGGCUGCGAGAAGCCGAUCCUGGACAAGUUCCUCCUCCACGUGCUGGAGAGAGCAUGGCACGCGGCCUGCGUCCGCUGUGCCGACUGCCGGGCCCCGCUGGCAGACAAAUGCUACUCCAGAGACAACAAGCUCUUCUGCAGGAACGAUUUUUUUAGACGAUACGGCACAAAAUGCAGCGGGUGUGGACAUGGCAUAUCUCCUUCAGACCUGGUCAGAAAAGCGCGAGAGAAGGUUUUCCACCUCAACUGCUUCACGUGCCUCGUGUGCAGGAAACAGCUGUCCACCGGCGAGGAAUUAUAUGUCUUGGACGACAACAAAUUCAUUUGCAAAGAGGACUAUUUGGCGGGCAAGGCGCCGACCACGCAGCAUUCGGACUCGUUACUAGGGUCAGGCUCAGACGAGGAAGAAGAAGACGAAUCCAGGACUACGAACAACUCGAGUAGUCCUGCGCACGCGCCGCACCCCGCGCUGCAUUCAGAGCUAUCGCAUAAUGGCGACACUAAACCUCACGAGGACUCUGAAGAUCAGGGAUCCCUGGACGGAGACCCAGAGACCAGAGACUCACAGGCCGAGAACAAGUCUCCAGACGACGGCAACGGGGGCUCCAAGAGACGAGGGCCCCGGACAACGAUCAAGGCGAAGCAGUUAGAAAUUCUGAAGUCUGCGUUCUCGCAAACCCCUAAACCCACGAGGCAUAUACGGGAACAAUUGGCCAAGGAAACAGGGCUGCCAAUGAGGGUUAUACAGGUGUGGUUUCAAAACAAGAGAUCAAAAGAGCGACGACUGAAGCAACUCACCUCAAUGGGUAGGGGUCCCUUCUUUGGGUCCUCGCGGAAGAUGAGGGGGUUUCCCAUGAACCUGUCCCCAGGGGGUCUGGAGGAAGGCCCGCCGGGGUUCCCCUACUUCGCGACAGCAGAUGGCAAGUUCGAGUUUGGUUAUGGCCCGCCGUUCCACCAUGAUGCGCCAUUCUUCCAUCCUCCACCGACGAUGCCGUUUAACCAGCCAGGUCGUUUCGCAGGUGGAAUGGAAUCGCUGCCGGGCGGCGAGUUUCCCGAGCAGUUCCCGCCUCCGGACCACCUGGUGCUCCCCCGGCCUUCCUCCCCCGAGUUCACCUUCGGCGACGCCCCACCUCCUCUGCAUCCUGAAGGCCUGGUCUGGUAG